CGGUGGGCUAGACUGUAUCCUUUUAUUGGACAAAUACAAACGAAAAUCAUUCAUAUAACAGUAGCCAACCAGAAGAUAAACAUGGAGCAUGAUCAUAGUCAUGAUCACAAUGCAUGCUGCUGUGCAGAUGACAAUGUUGGUGUUCGCCAAUCUCUCACUGAAAUGGAUUUUGAACGAGGAAUUUGGUAUGCAGCGCAAUACAAUGAGGUGGAUCGUGUAAAAACAUUGUUGGACAAGGGUGCUUCAGCUAGUUCAGAAGAUUCUGCUGGAUACACACCCUUGCAUUACGCGGCUCGGAAUGGACAUUACGAUGUCUGCAAAAUAUUAUUAGAAAAGGGUGCAAUGGUGAAUGCACAAACCCGGUGUGGACAUGCCACUGCUUUGCAUAGAGCAGCUAUGCAAGGGCAUGCUUAUAUUGUUCUCCUGUUACUCAAAUCUGGCGGAAACCCCAAUUUGAAAGACGCGGAUGGUUAUACCGCUCUGCAUAGAGCACUUGUAACACGUUCUGUAACUGUAUGCAAAUUUCUGAUACCGUGUACAGAUUUAACAUUACUUACAAACAAAGAACAAAGUAUAGAACAAUUGGCGAACGAAAAGUGUCCUGACAUUUUGUCCUUUCUAUCAACAUAUAUGAAGACAGAAUACAAUAAAUAA